UCCGGCUCAGUCAGUGACUAAGCGGCUCCCGCGGAGGAAAGAUGGAGAUGUCGUCGCUGCCUCCGUUUUGGGCCGGGGGUCCCGCUCCGGGGGAGCUCUUCUCGCCGCCCUGCCCGGGCCACGGAGCAGCAGACCAGGCCGGGGCCGUCACCAGGACCCUGAGUCCCAUGGUGACAGGCACCUCGGUUCUGGGUGUCAAGUUUGACGGUGGUGUGAUGAUUGCAGCGGACAUGCUGGGCUCCUACGGGUCCCUGGCCCGGUUCCGCAACAUCUCCAGGAUUAUGAAAGUCAACGACAGCACCGUGCUGGGAGCGUCCGGAGACUACGCUGACUUCCAGUACCUCAAGCAAGUCGUAGAGCAGAUGGUGAUUGAUGAGGAGCUCUUGGGAGACGGGCACAGCUACAGCCCCAAGGCCAUUCACUCCUGGCUGACCCGAGCCAUGUACUCCCGCCGGUCCAAGAUGAACCCUCUCUGGAACACGGUUGUGAUUGGUGGUUACUCCAAUGGAGAAGGUUUUCUAGGCUACGUUGACAUGUUGGGCGUAGCUUAUGAGGCCCCUUCCCUGGCGACAGGAUACGGCUCCUACGUGGCACAGCCUUUGAUGAGGGACGCCCUGGAAAAGAAGCCCAACCUCUCCAAGAAAGAGGCGCGGGAGCUCAUUGAGCGCUGCAUGAAAAUCCUUUACUACAGAGAUGCCCGCUCGUUCAACAGGUAUGAGCUCACCACGGUCACAGAGAAAGGGGUGGAAGUGGAAGGGCCCCUCUCCUCGGAGACCAGCUGGGAAAUCGCGCAUCUGGUCAGUGGCUUUGAAUGAAACUGAAGAAUGUAUGUCCAUUCCAGCUUUGUUUCUGCAGAGGUGUCUCCAUUGUAUUGGGAGGACUCUACAUUUGUGUGUGUUUUUGUAAACAAAAUAAAGGUGGUUGGCACUCUA